AAGAAGAAGAGCACUUCCGCUUUCCUCUCGGCUCCCGCCCCGCUCCGCCAUCGUGAAGUCCUGAACAAAAACGGACGAGGCACGAGCAAAAAUGGGCACAACACGAACCGGAGAUGAAAUACACGGACAGCACUGACGUAAUGACGGCACACAGCGGAGCUGACCCGUGGCGAUUAACGAGUCGGUUUCCCCGUGAAAACGUCCCGGGCGGCUCCUGGCGUGACGUUAUUUAAGUUAGCCGCGCUGCUAACGGCAGCCAGAGCUAGCUUCUGAUUUUCCUCUGGAAGACCGCUCUGAUACUCCGCUAGCUAGCUGGCUAGCUGGCAGGCGUCAGUCGGCUAGCUGUCACUUUAAUCGACCGCCUCUCUACUUAAUGUCAAGUCCUGCAGACCUGCCGGCUGUCCGAUUGACUGGGAGCACCAGGAUGGAGAGGACUUUGAGUAAAAGCAUCGACGGGCAGGAUGCGGUUUGUUCGUGUUGAAUAGUCGCCAAGUGCCGGGGAAAGGGGAGUGAGACCAAUAUUUUCCUGCCAGGCCGGUCAGCUAGCUCUUGAGCUAGCUGCAGUGGAUCCAGUAAGCCACGGCGCUGGCCAUGCCCUCGAGUGUGCGGGCCGGGAGCCUGAAGGACCCGGAGGUGGCCGAGCUUUUCUUCAGGGAGGACCCCGAGAAGCUCUUCACGGACCUGAGGGAGAUCGGCCAUGGGAGCUUCGGAGCGGUCUACUUCGCCCAUGACAUCCGCACGAAUGAGGUGGUGGCCAUCAAGAAGAUGUCCUAUAGUGGCAAGCAGUCCAACGAGAAGUGGCAGGAUAUCAUCAAGGAAGUGAAGUUCCUCCAGAAGCUGCGCCACCCCAACACCGUGGAGUACCAUGGCUGCUACCUGAGAGAGCACACCGCUUGGCUGGUGAUGGAGUACUGCUUGGGUUCAGCUUCUGACCUCUUAGAAGUCCACAAGAAACCCCUCCAGGAAGUGGAAAUAGCCGCCAUAACCCAUGGUGCAUUGCAGGGAUUGGGGUAUCUUCACUCUCACAACAUGAUUCACAGGGACGUGAAGGCGGGAAACAUCUUGCUGACCGAGCCGGGUCAGGUCAAACUGGGAGAUUUUGGCUCCGCCUCCAUCGUCGCCCCGGCCAACUCCUUCGUAGGAACACCUUACUGGAUGGCCCCCGAGGUGAUCCUCGCCAUGGACGAGGGUCAGUACGAUGGGAAGGUGGAUGUGUGGUCACUUGGCAUCACCUGCAUAGAGCUGGCGGAAAGGAAGCCUCCUCUGUUCAACAUGAAUGCGAUGAGUGCCUUAUACCACAUCGCCCAGAAUGAGAGCCCCGUGCUGCAGUCGAAUCACUGGUCGGACUAUUUUCGGAAUUUUGUGGACUCGUGUUUACAGAAGAUCGCCCAGGACCGACCUACCUCUGAUGUGCUGCUGAAGCACCAUUUCCUAUGCAGAGAGCGUCCCAUGACUGCUGUGAUGGACCUGAUCGCACGCACCAAGGACGCUGUCCGCGAGCUGGACAACCUUCAGUACCGGAAAAUGAAGAAAAUCCUCUUCCACGAAGCCCUCAACGGCCCCGCCCCAGAAGGAGGAGAUGAGGAAGAGGACGCGGAGCAGUACAUGCUCCGCACCGGCACCGUCAACAGCAUGGAGAGCUCCCACUCGCUGCCCUCCAUGUCCAUCAGCGCCAGCUCCCAGAGCAGCUCGGUCAACAGCCUGGCAGACGGCUCCGACGACAGCGGCGAGAUGGCCAUGAUGCAGGAGGGGGAGCACACCGUCACCUCCAACAGCUCCGUGCUGCACAAGCCCCUGAGCCAUGACAACAUCUACGAUGAUCCAUAUCAGCCAGAAGUUGACCCACAACGAGGAGCUUUAUCCGCUGCCGCUGGUGGCGGCGGAGGAGGAGGAGGUGGAGGGGGGAGAGAAGGAGGAGGAGGCGGCGGCGGCGGAGAGAGGAGGCGGCGUCGAGGCAGAGACCAUUUUGCCACCAUCAGGACCGCCUCGCUGGUCACACGGCAGAUCCAGGAGCACGAGCAAGGCUCCGCCCUCAGAGAGCAGAUGUCAGGGUACAAGCGGAUGCGGCGGCAGCACCAGAAGCAGCUGAUGGGUUUGGAGAACAAGCUGAAGGCCGAGAUGGAUGAGCACCAGCUGAGGCUGGACAAGGAGCUGGAGAAUCAGAGGAACAGCUUCUCCAUGGAGGGAGAAAAGCUCUCCAAGAAGCACCAGGUCAUCCUGGAGAAGGAGGUGAGCUGGUGGAGGACGAAGGCCGUCCUGACGGAGGAGAAGAAGUUUCAGCAGCACAUACUGGGCCAACAAAAGAAGGAGCUGACGGGACUGCUCGAGUCCCAGAAGCGCCAGUAUCGACAGCGCAAAGAGCAGCUCAAAGAGGAACUAAAUGAGAACCAGUCGACACCAAAGCGAGAGAAACAAGAGUGGUUGGUGCAUCAGAAGGAGUGUCUGCAGCAGCUGCAGGCGGAGGAGGAGGCAGGCCUGCUGCGGCGGCAGAGGCAGUAUUAUGAGCUGCAAUGUCGCCAGUACAAGAGGAAGAUGCUGCUGGCCCGCCACAACCUAGAGCAGGACCUGCUCCGAGAGGAGCUGAACAAGAAGCAGACCCUGAAGGACUUGGAGUGCGCCAUGCUCCAUCGGCACCACGAGUCCACCCAGGAGCUGGAGUUCCGCCAGCUGGGGUUGGUGCAGCGCACGCGGGCCGACCUGAUCCGCACGCAGCACCAGACGGAGCUCACCAACCAGAUGGAGUACAACAAGCGGCGCGAGCAGGAGCUGCGUCAGAAACACGCCGUGGAGGUCCGCCAACAGCCCAAGAGCCUCAAAGUGAGUGAGAGCGGGCCGGGCCAGCGGUCCCCCCAGGAGGCGGACGGGCCGAACGGCAGCUGGGACAGCGGGGCGGGGCUAGCGGGGGAGGACGAGCGCGAUGGCGAGUUGGAAAAGGGGAUGGCGAAGGAGAUGUAUGGAGUUGAGGGCGAGCUAGACGGAGAGGGGGUGGAAGGCGAUGAGGUUUUUACGAGGGAAGCGGAUGCGAGCGCCUCCGCGGUUGAGAGGAGCGAUGAGCUAGAUGAGCGCAGAGACACAAAGGAGGAUGAGGAGGAUGAGAGCGAGGAGUGGAAAGUCGACGAAGAGGGGGCAGAGGUGAGGGAGGUUGAGGGGGUGCAGUGGGAGGAAGAGGAUGAGGACAGCAAGUCUGCACAUGUAGACUCUGAGGAUGAGGAGGAAGAGGAAGGCAGGGGGGUAGCUGACGGUUGUCCGUCCGAGUUCAUCUCCUCCCUGUCCCCGGAGAGGAGGCGUCUCCGCGAGCGAGCCAUCGACGAGCUCUCCGAGUUCUACUUCCCCGACGCCGCCGAGGAGCUGGAGCCCCCGUCCGUCUCCCCCCCGUCUCCCCCCGCACAGACCUCUUUCCCCUCGCUCUUCUCUCACGCCAUCUGUCUUCUCCUCUCCCUCUCCGCCGCCGCCCAGCCCUCCAACCUCACCUUGCUGCUCCUCUCCAUCUUCCUCCUGUCGCUCCGUCGCUCGCCCCCUCUGCCCUCGGUGGCGUCGGUGCUCCUCUCCGCGGAGCUCGCCUUCCUGGCGCUCUUCUUCUCGUACCUCAUCCUGCGCUCCUGCUGCUCCCUGUCUCUCUCCACCUUCUUGUCGCUGAGCCUGUGGGCCAGCGGCCUCUUCAGCCUGGGACUCUCCCUGAGUCUGGGGAUUUAUUACAUCCCCGUGAUAAUGAUUUCCGCCUCCUUCCUCAGCUCCCCCUCGCUCUUCCUCUCCCUGUACUUGGUGGUGGUGCUGAUCGUCCGGCCGGCCCGCGACUUCUUCCAGCACGCACCCCGCAAAGUCAACCGCCUCUGCAUGCGCGUGCUCUUCCGGCUGCCUCGGCCCCUUUUUGCAAUGUGCCAGUCUGUCUUGGGUGGGAUGGCCGAGCGUAGCCUCUACGAGAUGUUUCCCAAAGCGGGGCGCAACUGGGGCGGGCGCCAGUCCAAAAUCCCCGUGCGGCUGAAGAGCUUGCCUCUGGAGUGCCAGGCUCGCUGCAGCAACACCUCCCCCGUGGCCAAGGGCCUCCUCUGGGCGAAGCGGUUCACCCGACGCCCCCUCGGGGUCCUGGCGGACCUGGCUAACUCCGUAGUGCUGAAACUGGCCGGGCAGCUCCUCAAAAAGCUGCCGCUCGAGGUGCGAAACCGCCUCCAAACUCUGGGGCUCUUGAGGAAGGAGAGCCCGAGCCGGCUGCCUCAGCUGCUCCCCAGGGAGGUCAGAGAGAGGAGACAGAGGGAGCGGAGGGGGAGGGAGAGGGAGAGACAGCGGAGGGAAGAGAGGUUUUUCCGAGAGGAGGCGAAGUGGGAGUGUGCGUUGAGAAGAACGCCCUCUGGAAGGUUUGUCAGGGGGAAGAUUCGGCCGUGGAGAUAGCGACAGCGUCAGACCAAAUGAAGGGAAAGUGAGGGAGCGUCUCAAACUGGAGUUUUGCUCAUGUUUCUCAAAGAUGAGAUGUGUUGUUGCACACGCACACAUUGUGUACGUAGCGUGUGAGCCGUGUUGUCUGUUUGGCUCUGCAGACGUAAACCUGCAGCUGAAGCCUCGGUUACUGAACCAAACCAUUGAAGUUUUUCAUUAUUGUGCUUUUUGUAAAAGUCUUUAUUUUAUUGUUUUGCUCUUAAUUUGUAAGACAAAUACAAUUUUUUUACGGUUAUUUUUAAGACCAGUUUUGUGCAAUCUUUUGUUUUCUUUAUAGUGGUCUUAUUUUGAAGGUUGCACUGUUUUAUUGGUGCUCAGAGCAAAUAUUAAUGUUGCAUAGCUUCAUUUUAAUCCCCAAAUACUGUGAAAAGAACAAAACAAAAAAAACCAGAUGACUUCACUACCAUCACCCUGAACACUAUCCCUCAGUCGGUAUAAAAGUGCAAUAAGCGGCUGGACGGAAACAUCUGAGACCACUGUGGAAAUUUGAUAUUGAGUCCAAGUGGAAAAUAGUCAUUUUAGCAAAAAGAAUAAAGUUUAUGGCCAUUUAGCAGAAACAAAGAGCCGAUCAGCUCGCUCUUCCCGUGUUAACAGAUCAUCAUUGUAUACGUUAUCAGGUUUUACUUAGAUGUACUAUUAUUGUGGCGCUGUAUGCAAUCUUUCUUUAUGAUUUACCAUGUAAACAUUUAGAUGGUUUUCCCCUUAAUCAUAUAAACGCACAGCAGUUGAGUGCCUAGUUACUCGCUGUUUGCACAAAUGUCGCGUGUGAUCUAUCAUCCUUAAUCUAUAGUAAGAAAGCAGGAUAUACUUUGGUGUAGUUGAAGUAUAAUAAACUAUUUCAUAUUUCAGCGUAGCUUAAUUUAUAUGAAGCCAUAUCGACAAUCUUUUGAGACACGCAAUAUUUUUUAGUCCAAAGAUAAAUAAAUAAAAACUACUGAAUGUGAAUGUUUAGAUUAACGAUGUCGUAUAAAAAGACCAUAUCUAGUAAUCGCAGACAUCGGCGGGAUUUUUGAGCCGCUCCAAAGACGAUAACAAAAUAAAAAUGAAUGUGCAAAAACAAACAAAAUUCAGCUGAUGGUGAUUUCUUUUUCAGCCACAAAUCUAACGUGGUUGAGCCGAUGAAACGUCGAAAGAAUGUUGACCAAAACCAAAGAUAUUUAGUUUAUGUUGACGUAAGGACAAGCAACAUAACUUCUUAAUUAUUAAUCUGUCACCACUCUACUAGACUAAGUAGACUUGUAGCCUCAAACACCAAAAAGCUCAGAUUUCUACGUAUUGAAUCAAGCAAACGUAAAUAUUUAAUUGUGAUGGAGAUGUUUAACAUGUGGAAAGAAGGUGCUCUGCAAUGCAUUUCACAGGAGAUUUGAGCUUUUUGCAGAUUGCUUUAAUCCGCUUUUAAGAGACAUUUCACAACAAACAUUGUUUCAUUUGAAUGUAACUUAUUUUGCCAUUGAUGUUAAAUUUGUGUUCCAGCUAUUUCUUGUUCCUGUGUAUGUUUACACGUUUGUAUUCUGUUUGGUUGUGACACCAUUUCCACAAAGUUGCAUCACCAUGGUUUUAUUUUAAUGCAAUAUAUUGUUAAGAUCAGUACUGCAUCCGGUUUUGUUCUCGUCUUGCAUGAGUGUUGGCGGACUGUAAGGCAAAAAUCGCACGCGUUGGACAUCAUUUGUUAUACUUCUUAAUUAUUUUUUUUCUUUAUACAAAAAAAAUAAAUAUUUUUGUGUGAAAAUCA